AUGGCAGCUCCUUGCUCAAGAAACAUGCGUAGCAUCUCCAUUCUCCUCCUCCUCAUCUUCAUCUUCAUAUCAAUGGCUGCUAAAAGCGUGUCUGGCUGCAAGAGGGUCGCCUGCAGGCGGAGAGAGUUCAAGGGAUGCCACGGAAUAGUUCAUAACUGUCCUGCAGCCUGCCCUGAAACCUGCAAAAUCGAUUGCAGGACCUGCAAGCCUGUCUGCUACUGUGACAAGCCAGGUGCAGUAUGCGACGACCCCCGCUUCAUUGGUGGGGAUGGCAUCACCUUCUACUUCCACGGCCAGAAGGACAGAGAUUUCUGCUUGGUCUCCGAAACCAAUCUGCACAUCAAUGGCCACUUCAUCGGCAAGAGAGGGGAUGGCAUGAAGCGUGACUUCACGUGGGUUCAAUCCAUCGGCGUCCUCUUUGACGACCACAAGCUCUUCAUUGGUGCCAAGAAGGUUGCACAAUGGGAUGAUUCUAUUGAUCAACUGGCCAUUGCUUUCGAUGGCGAGCCCGUGUUCCUCCCCACCAAAGAGGAGGCCCAGUGGGCACCUCCGGCUUCUGUCCUUAUCAUCACUCGCUCAAGCAGAGCUAAUGAGAUCGUAGUGGAAGCUGUCAACAAGUUCAAGAUCACGGCCAAGGUGGUUCCCAUCAGCAAGGAGGAAUCCAGGAUCCACAACUACGGCAUUACUGCUGAUGAUUGCUUUGCCCAUCUGGACCUCGGGUUCAAGUUCUACUCGUUGAGCGGCAGCGUCCAUGGGGUGCUGGGGCAGACCUAUGCGGACAACUAUAGGAGCAGGGCCGUGGUGGGUAUGAAGAUGCCGGUGCUGGGCGGAGAUCGGGAGUUCUUGUCUUCGGGACUCUUCGCUGCCGAUUGCGCGGUCGCACGGUUCAAAGGCUCAGAACGCGCCGUCAUGGAGGGUGCUGUUGAUCAUGAAGACAUCCAGUGCAAAAGCAGCUUCACUGGGCGUGUAAUCUGUAAGAAAUGA